GGGGCGGGGCGGAGCGGGCGCCCGUUUCCGUGCGGAGGGAGGCGACGGUGAUGCAGCCACAAGAAGAAAAGCAGUUGGAGGCAUCGGUGGAUGCAAUUAUCAGUCGCGUGGCCGAUCUAAAGAACUCGUUGGCAGCUUUCAUCCUGAAAUUAGAAAAUGAAUUUGAUCGAAUGAACUGGCCCUCAGUCUUGGAUAACUUUGCCCUGGUAUCUGGGCAGCUGAACACCUUGAACAAGCUCCUAAAGAAUGAUAAAACACCGCUUCUAAGAAAUCAGGUCAUCAUCCCAUUGCUGCUUUCUCCUGAUCGUGAUGAUGAAUUGAUGAAACUAACGGAGGGUCGAGUUCCAGUUUUCAGUCAUGAGGUGGUUCCAGAUCAUCUCCGGACUAAACCGGAUCCAGAAGUCGAAGAACAGGAAAAGCAAUUGAGUGCAGAGGCAGCACGUCUGGCACCUGAUGUAGCUCAGAAAUACGUCCAGUCUAUGAACAAAAUGUGCAGCAACCUACUUGACAAACUCAACAACACCCGGGAUGAGCGUGAGACGGAGAGUGGAGCUUUGCGACAGAACAAGCAGACCUUUAAUCCAGCCGAUACAAAUGCUCUAGUGGCAGCAAUUGGAUUUGGAAAAGGAUUAUCCAAACCAAUCAGACCACAGCCCCAAGGUGGACCAGUCUCCUCAGGUCAGUCUGUACCAGGUAGUGGCCUUCAAGGAGGUCCAAGCCUGGCACAGGUAUCAAUUCAAGGUGGGCCAAGCCAACAGGGAAUGCCUGGACAAGUUCCAUCACAGCAAGGUCAGCCAGGUAAGAUGCCAAGUACUAUAAAAACAAACAUCAAGUCUGCGUCAAUGCAUCCGUAUCAGCGAUGAGCCCUGAGGCAGAGACAUUGCCAUAAAUUGACAUAUUUAGUGCAAGCAACAACCCAAGAUGAAAGUUAACUUGGUUGAUAGUUUGAAGGUUCUUUAGAAUUUAAGCAUUUGUAUAUUUGUAAAAUUUGAUUCAUUAAUCAUAAUACAUGCCACUUGAGGUGGCACAUUGAUAUUAAAUACAAUGCAUAUGUAAGGCACUGCUAAACCUUGGAAAAGAUUUUUUACAAGAAAUCUUCAGUGUAUAGCUUUCCUUCUCCGCCAAACGUGUGGGUUCCAAAUGAUGUCCUGCAGGUAGAUUUACUGUAAUUAAAGAAUGAUUUUUACCUUAGAGUGGUUAGCUUUUACAUGUUUUUGACCAGGUUUACUUAACUAUGUCUUAUGCAUAAAUAAGUUUUACGUCAUGUGAAACAUUUUUUUGCAUUUUAAAGCUGUCUUAAAAGGUAUACCCAAUAACUACUAGUUAAUACCCAUUAAGUUGUUGUUUCCCUCUCCCUCUUAAAAACCUUUAUUUAUAUGUGUCUUUUUUUAAAAAACUAUAUGCAUCCAACAUCACUGGAUGGUUUGUAUAAAGUAUGUAACCAUUGGUUUAAUAAAGAAUUUUUUACACUUUC